UGUGGCUGGACGCCGGGCGCGUGUGACGGCCGGGGAGGAGAGCCCCUGGCCCGGCUGCUCCCCGCUCCAUGUCAGCGUCCCGCCGCCGAGGGUAAGCGGCGCCCCGGACCGGAGACCGCCUCGCCCGCACCCCGAAGGCGUUGGGGGCGCCUCGCCUAGGAUGGGCUGAUGAUGGGUUGCUCCGCGCCGUCUCGUCGGGAGCCGCCGUCGAGGAUGCUGUGGGCGGGCGCGCUGCUCCUCUUGGCGGCGCUGUGGUGCGCCGGGGGAGCGCGCAGUUGCCCGCUGCAGCUGCGCGCCUGCAAAUGCGUGGACGAGAGGCCGAAGGGGCUGGCCAUGCCCGGCGCGCCCAGGAAGAGGGUCAGCUGCAGCGGCCAGGACUUAGGCGAGCCGCCGGCGCCCCGGUUCCUACCUAACGGCACGGUCACCUUGCUUUUGAGCAACAACAAGAUAGCAGCCCUGAAGAAUGGCUCUUUCUUCGGCCUGCGUGCUCUGGAGAAGCUAGACCUCAAGAACAACUUGAUCAGCACUAUCCAGCCUGGAGCUUUCCUUGGCCUCUCAAACCUGAAGCGUUUAGACCUGUCCAACAACCGCAUUGGCUGUCUCAGCACCGGCAUCUUCCAGGGACUGACCAACCUCAUCCGCUUGAACGUGUCAGACAAUAUUUUCUCCAGCCUCCAGCCUGGGGUCUUUGACCAACUGCUGUCUCUGAAAGUCAUUGACUUUGCCACGGAAUACCUGACAUGCGACUGCAACAUGCGCUGGGUCCUGCCCUGGUCCAAGAACCACUCUGUCCAGAUAUCAGACAAGACGCUGUGCAUCUACCCCAGCACCUUGCAUGGGAAGCCAGUGCGGAACAUCCGGGAGAGCCAGAUGCGCUGUGAAGGUGCCCCAGAGCUGCACACCCACCAGUUGAUCCCUUCACUGCGGCAAGUUGUCUUCCAAGGUGACCGCCUCCCUUUCCAGUGUACAGCCACCUACCUGGACAACAGCACACACAUCUUGUGGCAUCACAACCGUGCCCUGGUCCAGGGGGAUGAACGCAGCGGGAUCAUCCUGGAGGAGAGCCUGGUCCACGACUGCACCUUCAUCACCAGCGAGCUCAUCCUGUCCAACAUCCAUGUCUCGGCCAGUGGCGAAUGGGAGUGCACCCUCUCCACCGCUCAGGGCAACGUUAGCAAGAAGGUGGAGAUCGUUGUGCUGGAGACAUCGGCAUCCUACUGCCCAGCGGAGCGGGUCACCAACAACCGUGGAGACUUCAGAUGGCCACGCACCUUGGCUGGCAUCACUGCCUACCAGUCCUGCCUGCAGUACCCCUUCACCUCUGGGAACGGGGGGCCCGGCCUGGAGAAGCAAGCAUGGCGACGCUGUGACCGCACAGGCCACUGGGAAGAAGGGGACUAUUCCCACUGCCUGUACACCAACGAUAUCACCCGUGUUCUCUACACCUUUGUGCUGCUCACAGAUGUCAUUGUGGAGAUGGCCAGCAACAUGAUGCUGGUGGACGACCACGUCCUGUGGAUGGCUCAGAUUGAGGACAAGGCCUGCACCAGCAUCGUCCGCUCACUGGAGAAGAUUGCCAGCUAUACGCUCAGCACCAACUCACAGCACAUUUCCGUGAACUCCAGGAAUAUCGCCUUUGAGGCCUACCUGAUCAAGCCGGAAAGCUACAUGGGCCUGAGCUGCACAGCAUUCCAGAAGCGCGAGAUGAUGCUCGGUGGGCGGCCCCCACGUCAGGAGCGAUACAGUGAGCCCCCAGCAGACCAGCAGCUGAAGUUCCGCUGCACCACGGGACGGCCCAACAUCUCUCUGGCCAGCUUCCAUGUCAAGAACAGCAUUGCUCUGGCCUCCAUUCAGCUACCUCCAGGCCUCUUCUCUUCGCCGGCAUCCCCACAUCCACCUCCCGCCAAAUGCAAGCUCCAGGUGCUGGUGUUCCGCAACGGCAAGCUCUUCUGCAGCACCGGCAACUCUUCUCACCUUGCCGACGACGGCAAGCGGCGCAGCGUGGCCACGCCGGUGAUCUAUUCAGGCACACAUGGCUGUGGAGUGAACAACCUCACGGAGCCUGUCCUUCUCUCACUGCGGCAUUUGGGUGAGGGGACUGACCGCAUGGCCGCAUACUGGGAUUUCGAUGUGCUGGCCGGCUAUGGCAGCUGGAGAGCAGAAGGUUGUCAGCUGAUUGGCCUUGAGCUCAACGUCACCACCAUCAGCUGCCGGCACCUCAGCAACGUUGCUGUCCUGAUGGAGCUGAGCAAUUUCCCACGCGAGUCACAGAGCCCAGCUGAAGUGCUGCAUCCUGUCAUUUACACCUGCACGGCCCUCCUCCUCCUCUGCCUGUUUGCCACCAUCAUCACCUAUAUCGUCAACCACAGCACCAUCCACAUCUCGCGUAAGUGCUGGCACAUGCUGCUCAACCUCUGCUUCCACAUUGCCAUGACAUCUGCUGUGUUCGCAGGCGGUAUCACCCUGACUGACUACUUGGUCAUUUGUCAAGCAGUUGGCAUCAUUCUGCACUACUCUUCCUUGUCAACUCUCCUGUGGAUGGCUGUGAUGGCUCGAGUGAUCUACAAGGAAGCCACGUGGAAGGCCCCACAGCAGCAGGAAGGGGAAGCGCCUCUGCCGGCCCCACGCCCAAUGCUGCGGUUUUACCUGAUUGCCGGCGGAAUCCCCCUCAUCAUCUGUGGGAUUACAGCAGCUGUCAACAUCCACAAUUACGGGGACCAUGACUCCUAUUGCUGGCUGGCUUGCAGGCCGAGCAUUGGGGCAUUCUACGUCCCCGUGGCUUUCAUCUUGCUCAUCACCUGGAUUUACUUCCUGUGUGCCGGCAUCAGCUUGCAGUGCCAAGCCAAGAAUCUGAAAGAGAUGCCCAGACCUCUGGAGACCCCACCGCGCCUGGGCGGCAGCAGCAACCUCUUGACUGAUUCGGGCUCCAUCUCGGUCACGUUGAACUCCAGCCCGCAUAGUGCCGAUACCGAUGGCACCUAUUCCCUGGGGGUGCAGUUCUGGGCGCUGAUGAUCACCCAUUUCCUGUACAUCACCCUGUGGGCCUUUGGAGCCACAGCAGUCUCGCAGCGCUGGUUUCUCCUGAAGGUCAUUUUCAGCUGCCUCUAUGGAGUCACCGCCAUCGUGUUGGGGCUCUUUAUCGUCGUUCACCACUGUGUCCGUCGUAGGGACGUGCAGAGUUCCUGGUUUGCCUGCUGCCCGUCUUACAGGAAUGCUUUGCCGAUGCAAGCCUACGUGCACCCAGGGGUGGGGGUGGAGGACGGCUCGCAGGUCUUCAUCGGCUGCAGCCCGGAGGCCGCUCACUCCGCCAAGUCUUCGUCCUCCCCCAGCAGCACAAAUUCAGCCCCGGGUUCCUGCAAGCUCAACAACUUGCAGGUGGCUCUUGGGCAAGCAGAGAGCAACCCUCUGCCGACCCCCUGCUACGAGGAUCCAGAGACGCCCACCGGCAAGAGCAACCCUGCCCCCAGGUACGCCAACAACCUCCACGGGCGCAGCAGGCACCACAAAAGCAGGACUAAGCAGUAUCGGGAAGGGAAGCAACAGCGGCUGAAAGCGCUGCGGGGGCCUUCCUCAUAUCACCCCACCAGCGAGAGUGGGAGCUUCCACAACAGCCUUUCAGAGAGCUACCAAAGCAGCCGGAACAGCCCGCUGAACAAUCUGCACCAGGGCCCGGUUCCCAACCUGGACUUGGCCCUCACGCAGUCAGACUUGAGUGACGGGGGUGGCAGCAGCAGUCACAGGGCAGCGGACUUUGGCAGAGCCCAGCGGCGGAGCACCAGCAGAGAGAACCUCAAGCACCAGGCCAGCGCCGUGGACAAAGAGACUAAGAGGAGAUCGUUCCCGCUCAACGUGGCCAACCAGAACGGGGGUCUGAAGGGCAGCAAGUACGAUAUCAACCUCACCAGCGCCGACAGCACGGCGGGCAUGAGAACGGGUCUCUGGAAGAGUGAGACGACAGUGUAGGAAAGGUUGCCAAACCGGUAGGAAGCUGCGAGCCAUGGGUUAUCUCGGAGCCUGCCAAAGCAAGCUGCAGAGGUAAUUGUUGUGCACUAAAGGGGACGGGGGCGGCAUCGGCAAGAGCUCUUGUGCUCCUCGCUCAUCUGCCUAUAGGGCCGGGGAAGGUUCACCUGGUACUCCAGCAAGAAGGGCAGCGUGUGGGUGUGCCUCGUCUUAAGAAGCAGGGCACAUUUCCCCACACCUGACUUUCUAGACGUCAGGUAAUGUUGGUCAAGGGGUCUUCCCCUCUCCCUAGACAGAGCAGAAGACUCCUCCCUCCCUGAGGUGCCAAGGCACUCACGUGAAAGACAAUCAUGGUCCUAGAGGAUCCAGGAGAAUUGCAAUCUAUUUUAAUCCUUCCUGCAUGUCACUUAGGCCCUAGAUGCUUUUGUAUAUCGUAUGGAGGGAAGGAGGUGUUCAUAAGCUGAAAUCUUGAGCAUUGUAUGUACAUAUGUAUAGGCAAAUUGCUAUCCAGUGGAAGUGCCUUCGCUAUACGUUAAGCAAUCAUGUAAAGGAGAUCUCCUCUCCCCUUUAGCACUUAGCUCAGGGUCCAUUCAUACAGCUCCUUUCCAGCUCAGCUUUGAAGCAGUGAUGAGAUUGCUUCAACAUCACGCCAAAGCAGGAGACAGGCGAUCGUUUUUCGAGAGAACUGAAGGUGU